GGAGGGUGCAACUGGCAUGCAGAAACAGAAAUAUUUGUGGAAGCAGGCAGCUAGCUUUUGCUAUUUGACCUGUUUCACUGCUUUACUCAAUUUUGGUGUUGCAUUCACUUUCCCUACACAAUCAUACCUGCAGGAAAUACAGCUUUCUACAUCACUGCUUUUCAGCUUGUCACUGUUUUCUUGCAAACAAAACGUAAAGGUAACGCUUUCUGUAAUGCCUUUGCCUUUCUAUUCCACCUACGUACCUUACUGUCAUUGUACCUUGCAUACAUGAAAAUCCUAGACUCUUUACCUUUCCGGACUCUUUCUAUAUCUCUCUUCAACUUCAACUUUCACUUUUGAUUUUCUUCAUUCACUGAAUGACCCAAAAUUUUGAUUCUUUUCUUCGUUUAUCAGCCUUGGUAUGUAAGCCUGUCGAAGCUAGCAUUUGAUCCUUAUAGUAUGUUAUUAUUAUUAUUUUUCCCAUAAAAUCCCACUUUCUCUGUUUUGUUUUUGGUGGCUUCAGUUUUUAUGAAUUCUUUGUAACACUUUCUGAUAAGCCAUCUUCCAAGUUUGGAGUUCCCAUAUAGUAAAUUCAAGGAAUUAUAAGCCAUGAAAGAUAGAGGCAAAACUGUGGAAGUAUAUAGCGACAAUUUUUUCAAAGACUAUAGCACUUCAUCAGAUCUUCCCUGUAAGAAACAUCCACAAUCAUCUUCGGUUGGAAUAUGUGCUUAUUGUCUCAAGGAUCGUUUGGUGAAGUUAGUUUGCUCAGAUUGUGGAGAACAGCGUCUAUCUUCCUGCUCCUGCUCUGAGAUCUCCUCCAACCCUCGAACUUCAUGCACUAUUGAAGUAGGCAGCGUUGGUCGGGUCUCAUUCUUGAUAGAGAAUGAAAACAAGGAUCAUGUUCUGAAUCCAAGUUCUAAGCCCAAAAGCAAUAGUAGUGAAGACAAAUCUGAAGAAGUUUUCUUUCUCAAGAGAAGUAACAGUAGCUGCGUUGAGAUCAAAAGAAAGAAUGGAUUUUGGAGAAUCGGAAGGUUGUUUAGGAAGAAGAGAGACAAAGACAAUUGUGGGAAGAGUGUUGGUGGAAUUGAUGAGAAAAGCGAUAUGUGGGUUGUUGAUUACAUGGGUGUGUCUAGGUCCAGGUCUCUUUGUAGUUUCAGGGGAGGUGGGGUUUUUGGAUCAGAAGAUGGAGGUGACUUGAUGAACUUUUCAGGGGCUAGGAGUUCUAUUUCAGCUGCCAGGAGUUCUAGUGCAAAUGGUGGUCUCUGUUUCGAUCCUGAAAGGAAAAGUGGAUUCAGCGAAGCAGAACCAAGAAAAAGUGGUCUUGAGUCUUUUGACAGUGAUAGAAGAGACGGUACUUUCGUGGAGUCUGAUAUUGCUGAUAUUAAGGCUACGAGAAAGGGUGGGUGUCUCUUGGAUCUUGAUACUGGUUUUAGUACCGCAAGCAGGCGUGUGUUUUCUCUUAAAGAGAGUUAUUUUACUGGCGGGGAUGAUUCAGGCUUCAUUGACUUAAAGUUUGACUUUCAAUCAGAAUCUAAAGGAGAUAUCCCUUCUCUGAAGAAGGGUGUUUUGUCAGAUCCGCGCUCUUUUUUUGGCAGCAUGAGAGGUGGUGAUUUCGUGCCACAUGAAUCUGGUGGUUCUAUUCAGAAUGCCUUGGUUGGAGAUGGGGCCUUUAGCAAUGGUGGUUCAUGUAGGAUUACAGUGAAUGAAAGAGGAAUCAAAAAGAGUAGAAAAAGUUUCAUAGGAUGGCGGUGGAUUUUCAAGCACCACCCGAAUUGGAGCAGUACCAGGAAGAAAGAUGGAGACCCUAUGGUCAAUCAUUGAAUACCCGGUAACGUUAGGCCAAUCUUUCAAUCUUCGUUUUUUGUGCUCUCUCUUGUGUAUCACUCGUUACAUCUUUUCUCAAUGUAGUUAUUAAGUAAUGGAAAAGAAGUCGGGUUAAGAAAGAGAGACCGAGUAUUAUUCAAACUGAUUUGACUCAGCCACCAUCAUUCAGAAAAGAAAAUGCUAGUAAAACAUGCAAUAUUUCAAUAUACACUUGAAAGCUUUGAGUUCUCGGAAUUCGAUCAGAGAAGUGUCAGCAGUUUCGGAAGUCUCCAUAUUGCAGACAAACAUGUCCUGUUAUAUUGUAUUGUGAGAAACCUGUAAAAUGUUACCGUUUCUCUUUUACUGAGUCAAUCUAACUAAAACUAAU